AUGAAUGUUAUGGGAGUGCACCCACCGGGGUUUUUAAAUAUUGAUAGUGAUCGACUGGCAAACGAUUUCCGCGAUUUCAAGCAAUCGUGGGAAAACUUUGUGUUGGCAGCAAAGAUAGGAGAAAAAUCGGAUGCAGUGAAAGUGGCGUUGCUCAAAAACUUUUUGGGUACCGGUGCAGUAAAAAUAUUGAAUACGUUGUUGGCUCCAGAAAAUCAAAACACACCGGCUGCUGUUUUGACGGCGUUGGAGGGGUAUUGUUUACCUCAAUCGAACGAGACAUAUGAACGAUUUUUGUUCAAUACAGCAACCCAAAAUCCGAAUGAAGAUAUUAAUCAAUUCGUGAGCAAAGUUCGUUCACUUGCAGCAACAUGCAACUACGGCGAUUUAAAAGAUUCUUUGAUACGAGAUAGAAUUGUUGUGGGUGUCAGAUCGGAUGAUACCAGGAAAGCUUUACUAAAGACGGCGAAUUUAACAUUGGCAAUGGCUAUCGACACAUGUCGGGCUCAAAAGCUAGUGGAAGAUCGAGUUACAACGAUGAAAAUUAAGGAAGAGUCAACGGAGGCAGACAAAUAUUCUGAAGUUAUAGCGAAAGUGCGAGCUGCUGAUUGGUCGGGAUCCUGUAAGUACUGUGGAAGAAGAGAUCAUAGAAUCGGGGAUCGUGAGCGCUGUCCAGCAAAUGGGGCAACAUGUAGAAGGACCUUCGACGAGCUGGAAAAAAAGAUAAACAAGGUGAAAAUAGUCGACGAAGAAGAAAACAGUAAUGAUUCGGAUUACAUAACAAGUGUAGAGGAAGUGAAUGUAGUGGAAAAAAAAAUGACGACCGAAGUGAAAUUUGCGAUCAAUAAACAUGAAGAGCCAAAGGGAGUGCGCUGUCAGAUUGACACCGGUGCGUCAUGCAAUGUAAUCACGCGAUAUGAACUGAGUCAGUUAACCAAAAGCGAAGUCGAGUUGAAACCAAGUGGCACAAAGCUCAAAGGAUUUGGAGGGCAAGUUGUUCCUGCUGUAGGACGGGUUGUUUUGAGACAUAAGAACGGUGAUAAGUGUUCGAAAGUUGUGUUUCAAGUAGUGGACCUUUCGCCAAAAGUACUUCAAAUGCCACUAUUGGGCUAUAAUACAUGCGUUGCUUUGGGUAUUAUUAGCGUACAUAAAAUAAAUGAAUGUAAAGUGGAAGAAAACAGUAACGAAGAAGGUCACAAUCCAGAAUGUGAAACGAUAAUCAAAAAGUUCAGAGACGUGUUCUCAGGAGAUGGGCGAUUUAAACAACAAGAACCAAGAAGAGUACCGGUGUCCCUGCGGCAGAAACUGCAACAUGAAUUGGAAGAUUUGGAGAAACGAGGUAUUAUAGAAAAAGUCGAGGAGUUUACGGAGUGGACAAGCAACGUAGUAUUAGUGGUGCGUAAUGAUAAGGUCAGGAUUUGUUUAGACCCAGUACAAUUGAACCAAGCAAUCAAGCGACCAAGAUUGCAAAUGUCAACGUUAGAAGAGAUUUUGCCGGAAUUGCAUAACGUGAAGGUGUUCUCAACACUCGACGUGAGAAUCGGGUUUUGGCAUGUACAAUUGACGGAUAAAAGCAGCAGAAUAACAGCCUUUUGGACACAGUUCGGCAGGUACAUUUGGAAGAGACUACCAUUCGGUUUAUCCUGCUCACCGGAGACCUUCCAGCAAAAACUUCAACAAGCACUACAAGGGCUUAAUGGAAUAGAGGUGCUGGUGGACGACAUCCUUAUAGUUGGAAGAGGUAACACUGAAUCAGAAGCUGCAAAAGAUCAUAAUCGGAACCUUAUCGCGCUACUUCAGCGAUGCCGAGACUUCGGAAUUAAGCUAAGCAAAGCGAAAUGA